AUGUCCCCAGAACAAAUAUUGCUUGGGACGAUUCUCAGUUUCUUCAUAAUAACCGCCAUCCUAGGAAACAUUUUGGUAAUCAUCGCCAUCAUGACCGACAGAAAUCUCCGAAAAUCCGGGAAUUUUUUUCUCGUGAGUUUGGCCCUGGCCGACACAUUCGUCGCCUGCUUCGUCAUGACGUUCGCCAUGUUUAACGACGUUUCGGGACGGUGGCAAUUCGGUCCCGAGUUCUGCAAGUUGUGGAUGUCAGCCGAUGUCAUGUGCUCCACCGCAUCCAUCUUGAAUCUGUUCGCCAUCAGUUUGGAUAGGUACUUGCACAUCAGAAGCCCGCUGCAUUACGACAGUUGGGUCGACCACCAUAGGGUGUUGAUGGUGGUGGCGGCAAUUUGGUUAAUGUCAGCGCUCAUCUCCUUCCUACCAAUCCAACUUGACUGGCACACGUUAAAAACACCAAAAACAACAACAUCAACAUCAUAUUACAUCAACAAUUAUUACAACAGCAACAACAACAGCCUGGAGCUGAACCCCACCUACGCAGUCUUCUCCUCGGCAAUCAGCUUCUUCAUCCCGUGCAUCGCCAUGACGCUCAUCUACUUCCGGCUCCAUCAAUACGCCAGACGACACGUGAUCAAAAUAAAAAUGUCCAACAAGUCGUCAUCAUCAUCAGCCCCCCUGACGACAACAGCGACAGCAGUAGCGAACAACAACCACACACUAACCACACUAACCACAGCGACGACAACAAGCAGCCAGUACAAAACGUCAGACCACAAAGCCGCAGUGACACUCGGCAUUAUAAUGGGGGUGUUUCUGAUAUGUUGGGCCCCUUUCUUUACAGUCAACGUCGUCGGGGCGUUUUGUCGGUGCGUACCGAAUCUCACAUUCGGUAUUUUCACCUGGCUCGGUUACGUUAAUAGUACCAUGAAUCCGGUUAUAUACGGUAUUUUUAACCGACAAUUUAGAGAUGCGUUUCAGAGAGUUAUAGCAAUC